AUGGCAUAAUUAGCAUAAGAAGCUGAAGUCAGCUAAUAAAUUCAAAAAGUGCUUAAGCAAUCUGUAUCUAAAAAGGAAAAGAAAUCAUUAAUCAAAUCUAUAAAAAAGAGUUCAAUUGCUCAAACAGGCAAGGCUACUUCAUUAUAAACUAUUAUUUCUGUAUCAAAUUCAAUGGUUGGUACAAGUACUUUGGUUUUUCCAGUUUUAUUUUGUUAAUCUGGAAUAGGUUUGGGGAUUAUGAUAGCCAUAAUAAUUGGAUUGAUUUCAUGUAGAACAACUCAAUUAUUAAUUGUACAUAAUAAAUCAGAUGAGGUAUACUCAAUUUAAUGAAUUAAUAGAUGGAUUUACCAGAUACUUUGCAAAGAGUUCUUGGAGCCAAAUGGAAGACAAUUUUUAAUAUUAGUAACGUAAUCCUUUUAUGGGCAAGUGGAAUUAUCUAUAUGAUAUUAAUAUGCAAUCAACUUUACCCCUUAAUUUAAAUAAUAUGUGAUAAUAUUGGUAUAAAAAGUGCAUAACUAACUGAAAUUACACUAUCCAAACUUUCAUACUAAUGGGUUGGAAUUGGAUAUACUUUAUUUAUUUUGCCUAUGUUUUUCUAAAAGAAACUGGGAAUAAUUUUAUAACUUCUUCCUUAUGGAAUUAUUUCUGUGUUUUCUUUCAUCCUAUUCACUAUUUAUGAAGGAAUAUAUAUGCUUAUAACUGAUCAUUAAGGAGUAGUUGAUAAUUUGAAAUGGUUUAGUUGGGAUGUAUCCACUAUGGCUGGUACAUUUGCACUUGCAUUAUUGAUAUAAUCAAUGGUUGUACCAAUAAUGAAGAAUAAUAUGAUUUAAUAAAAUAACAAUCGAGAUAUUGCUAUUGGAUUUACAUGGACAUGGUUUGUAUAUUGUAUGGCUGGUACCUUUGGAGCAUUUGCAGUUGCUGGAGCUUUAGCUAAUAAUUAAAAACAAGAUGGAAAAAGUGGAUCAACAUUAUUAGAUUAUUAUCCAUCUGAUAAUCCUUUAGUAAUAGUUAUAUAGGUAUUACUCUUUUUAUAAUUGACUCUUGUCUUUCCAGUUUUAUAAUUUAUAACAAGAUCUUAAUUCUUUGGUCUUAUUUAUGAAUUAGAAAGACAACCAAAGUGGUAAUUCUAUGCUUUCUCAUUAACUUAUGCAAUAACCUGUUUAAUAGUUCAAUGUGUUGAAGUUGAUUUAUCCUUAAUUAUUAGUUUAUGUGGGUAAUAAUAUAUAAUUUAUUAUUUAUACAGAGCAGUUAUUGGAUUAUUCCAAGAAUACAUCAUACCAAUUGCUUUGCAUUUGAAUUGCUUGUAUGCUAAAAAAGGUUUCUAGACUUAAAAUUAGCCAAAUUAUAAUUAAGUUUAAGUUAGUAUGGAGUCAACAUAAUAUUUAGUGGAUUAAGUUGAUUUUACUAAAUUUUCACUUAAUGAUGAAGUUUAUUUUUUUAUUUAAUAAUAUUUUAGGAAGAUUUAAAAUGUAAUGAUCAUUAAGAACUUUUAAAACGUAUGCCUAAGAAUUUAAGAAUAUCUUUAUAUUCAUUUAUUCUAAUCAUUGGAAUUGCAAUAGGAAUUGGAAAAUUAAUUGAUAUAUUUAAAUGA